CUCGCAGUUAAAAGUGAGUCGCGACUCACAUAGUCACAUGUCAACAGAAUCUCACAUUCGAGUCAAACCCAUUUUACCACUUUCGUCUCUCUCAAGUCUCCACUCUUGCCCUUCUUAGGUUUUGUUUUUGAAAUUCUCCAACGUCAAAAUCUUGCAGUUUCCAAACACCUCGAAAUCGAGCAAAGCGAUUGAAGUUUCGGCUUCAAAUUGCGUGUGCUUCAUUUCGGUUCUUUAAGCUUCAAAACCUGCUCAAACACCCGCCUAAAGAUUUCCACUUUAGUUCUUGGGCUGCGUAAAAUAAUUUGGUUCCAGAUUUGGUGAAAGAAAGUGAUGAACUGAGCAAUGGCGCAUAGGGUUCCAGCUCCAAAGGCGGCUGCGACUGCCAUUGGGUCCAUUGGGUGCGGAUAUGAUGUCGGAAUGGAUCUUCGGCUGAGGUACUGUAAAGGAGAUUCAAAAGGCUCAUGUCUUAUUGAGAUUGAUGAAGACGGAGGCCGUGAUAUUGUUUUGCCUGGAGGAGUUUCAAUACCCAACGUCUCCAAGUCAAUAAAAUGUGACAAAGGGGAGCGCACACGAUUCAGGUCUGAUGUUCUCUCCUUCCAACAGAUGUCAGAGCAGUUCAACCAAGAACUAUCUUUGACUGGAAAAAUACCUUCGGGCCUUUUCAAUUCCAUGUUUGAAUUCUCUGGUUGUUGGCAAAAAGAUGCUGCCAAUACCAAGAUGCUUGCUUUUGAUGGGGUGUUCAUCACCCUCUACUCAGUUGCACUGGAGAAAUCUCAAAUGGUGCUACGAGAUCAUGUCAAGAAAGCAGUCCCUUCUACAUGGGAACCUGCAGCAUUGGCAAGGUUUAUUGACACUUAUGGCACCCAUAUUAUUGUUGGUGUGAAGAUGGGAGGGAAGGAUGUUGUUUACAUAAAACAGCAGCAUUCCUCAACUCUUCAACCUGCUGAUAUCCAGAAAAGAUUGAAGGAAAUGGCUGAUAAGAGGUUUUUAGAUACCAAUGGACAUUAUAGCAUGACAUCUGAGCAACUUUUCCAGAGUGACAAGUUUGAAAUCAGGGAGCAGCGACUAACGUUUGCACAAAACAGUCCAUCAAGUUCAUAUGCACAUAAAGAGGAUAUUAUAAGCAUUUACAAAAGGAGAGGUGGAAGUGAUAAUAGAAACCUAUGUCAUAAUGACUGGUUACAAACAGUUCAGUCAGAACCUGAUGUGAUCUCAAUGUCCUUUAUACCAAUUACUUCUCUGUUGAAUGGAGUCCCUGGUAGUGGAUUUCUGAGCCAUGCGAUAAACCUUUAUUUGCGAUAUAAACCACCGAUUGUAGAGCUCCACCAGUUUUUGGAAUUUCAGCUUCCAAGACAGUGGGCGCCAGUUUUCUGUGAACUUCCUCUUGGUUUGCAACGAAAGCAACAAAGCACUUCAUCUUUGCAAUUCAGCUUCAUGGGGCCCAAGCUUUUUGUGAACACUACACCGGUUGAUGUUGGUAAGAGGCCAGUGACUGGCCUCCGACUAUAUCUAGAAGGUAGAAGGAGCAACUGCUUGGCCAUCCACUUGCAGCACCUUUCCUCCCUUCCAAAAAUCUUCCAACUUGUGGAUGAUCCAAAUGGGAACUUCUGCCAAGAGUCUCAUGAUCGUAAAUACUAUGAGAGAGUUUAUUGGAAGAACUACUCUCAUGUAUGCACUGCUCCUGUUGAGUCUGAUGAGGAUCUUUCCAUAGUAACUGGAGCCCAAUUGCAGGUUGAGAAUCAUGGUUUUAAAAAUAUUCUCUUUUUACGGCUACGCUUCUCAACUGUCUUGGGAGCAAUGUCUGUUAAGCAUCCAGAAUGGGAUGGAUCACCUGGCUUGGCACCUAAAUCAGGACUCAUAUCCACACUAAUCAGUCAUCACUUCACAACAGUUCAGAAGCCACCUCCAAGGCCAGCUGAUGUGAACAUAAACUCUGCUGUUUAUCCUGGAGGCCCUCCUGUGCCUGUUCAAGCCCCUAAGCUUUUGAAAUUUGUUGAUACAACAGAGAUGACACGAGGGCCACAAGAAAUUCCUGGAUAUUGGGUCGUUUCUGGUGCAAGAUUAGUUGUUGAGAAAGGAAGGAUCUCUCUUCGAGUUAAGUAUUCUUUAUUGACCGCAAUAUUACCUGAUGAAGAUGGCAUAGAGGAGCACUAGUAGAUUUUUCUCACCACUUAUCACCUGAAUUGUUUUCCCUUACCCAGCAUGGAAACAAAUAUAAGCAGGAAAAAGCUACAGAAGAUCAGAGAAAAAAAACAGAAAGGAAAUGGGGAGUUGAAACAUAAGAAUGGUCACAUUAACCCUGAUAAACUUCUUGGGAUGGAUGAUGGCAAGGGAGGUUAAAUGGCUGAGGAGAUGUGAUUGGGUGCGUUUGUGGUGGUAUAUCAUUGUAUUCAUCACUUACAAUUUUAUCUUGUAAUUUAAUAUAUUUAUUUUUUCUUUGUUUCUAAUAUCAAUUCGUCAAAGUUGCUGUGUGCAAUGAGGUUGUAGCCUUUUAGGUUAUAAGGUCGAUGCUCGAUUUGCACGGGCUUGUUUUCUUUAUAUGUAAUAUCCUUUUUCACACUAUAGCUGUAUAUGCAACAGGUAGUUAAUCUGCUUUGCACUAACCUCA